AUGGCCAAAACUGCGCCCCCCAAAAAGAAAGGCGUUGCUUCGGUGCAUUCUCGCGCGGCAAAACGAGCAUCUUCUCCAGGUAUCGACCUCGACAAGUCGCUCAAGGAUGUCAAGCCUCCCGAGACAAAGACGCAACGACCCUCGGUCCUAGCGAUUCAUCAAGGCGCUGGAAUUUCGAAGAAGUCUAAGAAUGGGAGGAAGGCGGUUUUGAGUGCGAAAGCAAAGAAACGACAAGAGAAAGGAAUGGAUCGCGCCGAGGCGGUGAUGGACAAGAAGGAGAAAAAGGUUGAGAAGAGUAAGGGCAAGGCCAGGACUGUUCAAGAGAGAGCCAAGGCUUGGGAUGAGCUAAAUAAGAGGAUGUUGGCGAAGAAG